GCAACAAGGCGAGGCAGCUCUUUCUCUUUCUUCUUUCUCUCUCUCUCUCUCUCUCUCUCUCUCUGUCUCUCUCUCUCUGUAAAAUGGAGACCCUCCACACAGCCAUCAUGGUUACCGGAGUGCCUAAGAAAGAACACUGUGGCACUGAAACCAACUAUGUAGAUCUGGGGAGCACCAGCACGGUGAAAGUCACAUUCACUGGUGAGGGAAACCAGCGAGCUAUAUUCAAGCGUAAAGGGAACCGUGAAGAACAUGAAGAAGAUUGCAUGAAUCAAAGGAAGGACAGAAAGGACAGUUCUCCCGAUAUGUCCGAUAUGGAUUUAAAAAUCGAUAGUUUCCUUGAGAAGGAGACUGCUGUGACAUGCCACGAACCAGAGGAAAUGGACUACACAGACAUGUAUUUGAACAGCAGGUGCGAAUCCGAGUCGGAGUCCGAAGACGGUGAUCCUGAUGAAAGUGAACAUGAUGUGCCUGUGGUCGAGGAGACGGAAUCACACUACAUAACGACACAUGAGAUUCAGCUCACUGAGCUGGACCAUGACAUGGACCACGAGCUAGGUCGUGCUGCCAGCUCAUGUUGGGAUUACGAAGAUGACAAUCUCGUGUAUUCGUUUGUGGACUAUGCAUCUUUCGAAAGCGGUGAGCAGCCUACUGUGGAGAGGAGUCAAAGGAGAGCAACGAGCAGCCGUCCACCAAAACUGGGUGCCACCAAAGCGCUGGUCAGCACUGAGAGCGAAUGUGCGAGCUCAGACGACGGUGUGCGGAACACUGCGGGACGCAUUCAUGUAUCCGUAAAAGCCUCAUCCCAGGCCGUGAACAAGUCUGUUCGCCCACCCCUGGAUGAGAACGAACUUUUGCAUCGUGAAACACAAGCAAAGAUAGAGGUGCCAUAUGAUAGUCGCGCGCACUGUUUCAUUCCUGCGCCUGGACGCCCUCAUCUGGCUAGUAAACUGAUGAAAGGCAAAGAUGUCACUGAGUACUCGAGCGGUGCAUCGAGUUCUGUGAGUGAGCUUGACGAUGCCGAUAAGGAAGUCCGCAACCUGACAGCGAAGUCUUUCCGCAGCCUCGCAUGUCCCUAUUUUGAUACCAUCGACCUCAGGCCAUCAAGUGAGUCCUCUUUUUCAGAGCACAGCUUCAACAUGAACCAGUGGUCCACUUUUGUCGAUUUCAAUUACAGGAAUUACAUGACUCAGGGUGGGGACACAAGCGAGCGCAAAAAUUCCACAUGCUCUGUGGAAAUGAGAACGUGUACGGAAAGUGGAACUGUUAACACGAACACCAUCACUGAAGGGACAGCCCACCAGACAAACACCCUGUCAUCAAAAUAUAAACUGAGCCAGCUGAGCUGUGAUACCGAGAGGCACACAAAAUGCAUACAGAACAGUUGUGAGGCAACAGCAAGCCAGCCGCACGAUCAGAAGGAUGUCAGUGUGGAGGGAGUUCACAAGAAAGCCGUGUUUGCCUCGAGCCUCCUGCAAAACGUCAUCUCAAAGAAGAUGCGGUUCGAGCGAGAGUGCAAAUUGGAGCGUGGUAAAAUAAGUGGUGUGCAACAUGCACAUUCACAACCCAAAGACAGCAGAAACUGCACUGUUUUACAAAGACAGAUGUCAGAAUCAGGAUCUGUACACUCUGUUGUUUCCGUAGAAGAUGUUCUGGAUGGUUCGAAUGCCACUUUCAACAAAGAAGAGGAAGGACAGGGGGACGAGACGUGCAAAACGUCAUGUACACCUACAAUAGAGAACAUCGAUGAGCCACCAAAAGCCCCACUGCUGGAGGACCACGAAAUUUGCAAAGAAAUAAGCGAGGCCAUAGUGCCCAAAGUGCACACUGAAAGCAUGACAGUAGAGACACCAAAAGAAAACAAGAAAGCAAGCACUGAAGUGACAAAUAGUAAAACAACAAAAAUGUCACACUUGUACGUUCCUGGGUCACAUUUUCUUUCAAAAGAAAGGGAAGUAGUGGAACCAUCCACACCAAUAAAACAAACAAUUGGUCCCAUGCAAUCAGAAGGAAAGAGAACAAGCACUGUGGACGCUUCAAACAACAGCAAAGCACCAGAGAUCACAAUCCACCUGCGCAGUGUCAAGGAAAACAAAAACAACCCUGAACGUCCUUUUAACAUCGCCAGCCUCCUGACACCAAACUUCACCAAGCAUAGUGGCGACACCAAGAGUGAAAAAGUUCCGCACUUUACAGUGAGGGAUGUCCGGGACAGCAGGUGUAAACUCCAAACGCCGAUCCAUCAGGUGCGAGACGUGCGCAAACUGGUCAAGAGCUCGUACCGGUUAGUGUCUCUGGAAAGUGGUGAGAAUAAAGCCACAUCACGUGAAGUAAGCGAUGCCGUCAAAAAAGAACCAGAUAAAAAUGACAAGAAAGAAAAGACGCCCAUGGUGAUCAAAUGCCAUUCAGUGAACACAAAUACAAAUAUGAAUGCAAAUUCAAACAGAUGGAAUGACCUGGAAAGUGAGAGGUCACCGAUGCAGCCAAUCUCCGAGCAGCAGGAAAUUCAGAUGAAGUCGGCCAGAUGGAAAGAAAGCUGUGAUAAAAGGGUUGAGUGCAAAAUGGCGAACCAGGUGGCACUAGAAAAGCUGAAGGCAGCUGUAAAGUCCAUGGAGCAGCUUUACGUUUUUGACCGGAACGAAUGGCGGCGCAAGAAGGAGGCACCGCAGCCGCUGACGGACAGCCAUGUCCUCUCACUAAUUACUAGCGAGGAGCAAGGAGUCAAUGGUGAGAGGCUAGCGAAAGCAGAACCUUCAAAAUGUUCAACUCCUAGUGCAGGCAGAAGCUUCACCAGAACAAUCACUCAUCAUCUACAACAGGAUGUUUCCAAGAUCCAGUGCUCCAAUGUCCAUAGCAACAUCACUAGCUCCACAAGAAGCCCCUUGUCCCUCAAAAUCUGCCCUUCAAAAAGCGCAAUGAAGAAAAGAAGCAGGGUUGAGGGUGAAGCUGGAGUCAAAGUCAUGAGCUCCACAUCGGAUCCGGUACCUAAACCUCAACCUCCACCUGUACUGGAUCCGGAAAAUUAUCUAACCAUCCCGAUUCAGCCACACCCCUUAGAAACAAAACCCCAUGCCUCGGAACAAAUCCUCAACCCCACCACUCAGCCUCAGGCCCGCCCACCUCUUCAGCGCUCACCAGUCGUCACAGAUUCGUGGUCUCCUGAGAGCCCAACGCUGACUUUCUGUCAGCCUGCACAAAUCCUUUGCAUCACGCCCCCCACAGACCCGCUCAUGUCAAACACACAACGCAAGCUCCUACUAGAUCCUAUAACAGGCCAGUACUACCUGGUGGACACACCCAUCGCCCUUCAGCCAGUCACACAGAGACUCUGUUGCCCUGAGAGUGCUCAGUAUCUGGACAUACCGGUGGCCCUGAGCCCAGCGGCGUACCUCAUCUGUCCACCGACAUUUGUACAGCCGCACUCGCUCCCUGUUUGCACGCAGGGUGAGAGCAUGAGCACUGGGUCAGGCAUGACUAUGGGCGGGGCUAAACCAGUCAUCAGUAUUACAUCACAGCAAGGACCACGCAUCGUGGCUCCGCCUUCUUUUGACGGCACGACCAUGAGCUUCGUCGUGGAGCACAGAUGAGCACAGAUGUGAGUCUGUGUGUGUGUGUGUUCAGGAGGGAACGCUGUUUCUCACAUCAGAAUGUAACCUAACGGUUCCCACAGAAACUGUCACUUCCUGUGCCAUUUCAGCUUCCUGUCUGCAGUGUGGUUUCAAACUGAGCUGUUUUGUCCCAGGUGUGUGUGGGGUGUGUGUGU